GCGUGCAGGCGGGUGGCGCGGCGGCGCGGCGACGCGCUGCGCUCUUGAAAUUUCGCUUUCGUUCACUCGCGGUUAUUAGUCGGCCGCGCGCGCUCCGGCAAGCAUGUGUCUCGCGUGACGCGCUCCACUACUUCCGCGCGGCACGUUCGAUUUCGUUGGCAAGUCGAUCGUGGAAUGGCACCACGGCGGCAAGGCGCCACCGGCGAGCGCGAGGCGGAGGAGGCUCGCGGGUGCUGCGUCCCUGGCGAGUGCCUUCGCCCUCGGGAACCCGUGCGUAUUGAAGAUGCCGUGCGCGUGCUUUGCAACAAUGACACGUGCGCUGCCGGCCGGUACAUGCACCGAGAGUGCUUCGAGCAAUGGGAAGCAGGAGUUCUCGCUUAUCUCAAAUCCUGUGGUCGAGCUCGCUCCUGGUCUGAACGCCAGAGACAUCAGAACCUAUGGACCAAGAAAGGCUAUGAUCUGGCGUUCAAGGCUUGCGGCUGCCGAUGCGGCAGAGGGCAUUUGAAGAAAGAUCUAGACUGGGCACCUCCGGGCGCCGCGAUACGGGCUGAGGAGGAGAAGAAGCGUCGCCGGCGCACGAGAUCGGGCCGCACGCCAGCAGCUCCGGACGGCCGCUCGCGCGCCUUCAGCCUCUCCAGUUCUGGUUCGUGCUCGCCGCCUUCAGCGCCUUCCGAGCCCUCAGCUAGUCCCACACACGCUCCGACGCACGCCGUCACGCCUGCUAAGAAGAUAUCCAAACCUGAAAUUAUUUCUGACAGGAUCAGAGCCGGGGCUGGCGCUAACGGCAUUUUCUCCCGAAGACUGGACUUUUCUACUUUCAACCUUCUACCGAAGCACAAAGUCAACUCAUAUCAAAUCAAGAUCGAAGAUGAGGGUAACCAUGGCAACGACGACACGCGGCUGUUCAUCCUGUCGACGUUGGCGGGUCAGCACAAGCCGAGGGUGUCCUGCGCUCUGUGCAAAGAGACCCUGCACGUUUUCGACCGGUAUCCGCUUGUGGACGGCACUUUCUUCCUAAGCCCGCGACAACAUACCAGCGGCGCUGUCGAGGUAAAAGUGGAAGGUCGCACGCAGUACCUGACGUGCGUGUGCAUGGGCUGCCUGGAGCGCUGCGACCCCGAGCGCACCAUCCGCUGCCGGUUCUGUGGACAGAAGUGGGACGGCUCCUCUCUCGUGCUGGGCACCAUGUACUCUUAUGACAUCUUCAUGGCCACGCCCUGCUGCGCUGAGAGACUGAAGUGCAACAACUGCUUCAAGGCCCUGCUCCACCCCCAGCAGCGGCUGAACUACUCGGACUACUCGCACCCCAUGGCGUGCCCGCACUGCCGCGUGCUCGACACCCACUUCGUGAAGCCGCUCAGCUACUGCUUCACAAAGAGGGCCUUCCCGCUGUUCCAGCAGUGGCCAUAACAGUCGGCGGUGCCGGGAGGCUCUCCCGGCACCCCCCCUUCUUCUGACUCGUGGGGCCUGGCUCCGUCGCCUCCGCGACGCGCCUCCCCCCCAGCGCUGCGUCCCGUCAUCAACACCAGCAUGGCACCUCGUGUGCUAGAACCACUUCCCGAUGAACCACAAACUCCCAAAUACGUUUCUCCAACCCUUGCGAGCAUAACCGAGUCGUUGUCUCUGCUCGGAGUGAGCCCCGAGACGCUGGCCAUCAGCCUGGGCGAGACGCUGGCCGAGCGCUACCUGGCGUCGCUGCGCAACAAGCCGGUGGAGCGGCCGGCGGAGCGCCCGGCGGAGCGGCCGGUGGAGCGGCUGGGCGGGUGCGGCAUCCCGCGCCGCACGCCCGCCGAGCCCUCGCUGCAGCUGUUCUCCAACGACUUCAUCGACAUCUUGAACCAGAUCGCAUAAUCUCGCGGAGUGUGACGGAUAUGACGCGGCGACUAUUGGACUUCUCUGUGUUGCAAUGUUUGUUUCUUGGACCUUACUGCGUCCGCGGACGCUAGAAAUAAUUUCUGUUAAAUUAAGUUGGUAUUAUUGAAAAUAAUUUUAUGUGUCAGUUUAGAUCGUACUAUUGAUUUUAUUUUAAUUUUAUUCUGCACUUUGUUGAUUAGGAGUUGAUUUUAUCGAAAAUAAUAAUUAGCGAUAUAGUGAUGCCAGAAAUUGCAUUUUUUGUUUCGGAUCAAUCUUAAAUUGGAGAACUUGAUUUCCUUUUGAAGGAGUAAAGGCGUGAGUUUUUUAAAUUAUUGAUUACCUUGUAUUUCAGUGAUACUGAUGACCCUAUCUGAUAGGGGCGUUUGAGUGGAGUGUUGUUUAGUUCAAUUUAGUUUAUUAGUUAUGUUUUAUUUUAGCAAAAUUUUAAACCUAACUUAAGUGUUAUACAAUAUUUUCGUAGGUUUAUUGUGAACUUUUAUUUCCUCCCACCAAAUGGCACUUUAUAGUGUAAGGGAAGUCUACUUCUACUAAAGAUGCCAUGUUAGGUUAUCGUCUUUAAUAUCAGUUCAUUUACUUAUUAUUAUAUUUUCACAUACAUACCUUAUUUAAACAGUAAUGGUAGAGGAUUAUAAUUGUAAGUACCUAAUUGCUGUGUCACCAAUAAUAUGAUUAGCCUGUCUAUAUCUAUUACCUGUAUUGUAGGGUUAUGUAAUGUCGAAUUGUUGUUUUACUUAUCGUUUCAAAUAUUUAUGUCUCAAUGAUUAACGGACUGCAUGGAGAUUUACGAAAAAAAAUAAGCAUAUAUAAACUUUUUGGAAUAGUGCCAUAUCAGUUGUGAAAGGUGAAAUACUCCUUUGGAAUAAUAAAAAAAAUAUUUAAGUAAUGAAUGCCGCUAAUCAUUGAGCAACGAUGUUUAAUUUUUAAUUAUUACAAAAAGAAAUGAAAUUUUUAUACUAUCGACUACGUUUUGGCUAUAUCUGAAUAGAUUUAGUUAAGGUUUUUUUCUUAAUAUGGAUGUCUAUAUAUUUGUAAGUAAAUAGCGCUUCGACAUUUACUAAGCGUAUAUAAGUGAUGUGCAGAUUUUUACUCAGUAACUACUGUUAACUUUUUAGGUAAGGUUUUAUACAUUUGAUACUUAUUACUCGCGAAGUGAUUACAAGUGAUAACUCUUAGUGAUAGUGCGUGUUUAGUGAUUAAAGAGAAAAAAUAACAACUAAAAUGGUGGUGCGGAUAGGCGAUAUGGGUGUAUACAGUAAAAAAAAAGUGAUAUCGACGGAUUAUCCGUAUGUUUAGGCAAUAAUUUUAAUGAAGACUUGAACACUUUUAUAGGUAAAAAUUUUUGCAUUAUUAACCUUCUUAAAUCGAUACUGCCAUUUACAUUUUACUAAUCUAAUCGAUCAUUGCUUAGGUCUGUUUCGAUUUUAUACGACAGAAUUUGUUCGUCCGACUUUUAAGUUCUUUAUUAUCAUUUUUAAAUCUCAUUUAAUCACAAUUAAACUAAAAAUAUAAUUAAAAUCAAUUAGAUAUUAUUUUAGGCGAUAUGUUCUUUCUUUUCUCGAUCGAUUUUUUUCUAUAUCAACAUCAAAAUAUUUCCUUUAAUUGUCUAUUAUUUUUUUCUUUGUCUCCUUAAUUUUUUUUAAACUGUCGAACGAUAAAUUUUGCGUAUAACAUCGAAUCAGAAGAGAUGUGUGUUCGUUCUCAUAUUGGACUGACUACAACUAGUUGACUACAGCGACUAGUUGCGACUGCUCGACUAGUUGCUACUGUUGCGUAGUUAUAGGUCACCUCAUAACUCCUCACGCCAUCAUCCGCAUCACGGCACCUCAUUACGUCAUUGUCAUCACGGCACGGUUUGAGUGGACGGCAGACUGGCCUCUAUGCUCUCAAUAAUAAGACACAUUUUCAAACAUCAGCUUAAGUAUUUAUUGAAAGCUUAGUAUAAUACGUGUUUCUUUAGGAUUUGUUCUGUAGUUUCGUUUAAUGUAGAGACUGGAGUUCCAAAGAUUAUCUGAAAUAUUUAUUAUUUGGGAUGUUUACGCAUUUUAAAAAGAUUCCGCAAAAACAGUUUUGGCAGUUGCUUUUAUGUACAAAAAACUGAUCGUAAUAAGUCUGACAGUAAUUUGAGCUUUCAUAAAAUAUUUAACGAUGCGAUGUCGUUGCAGCGCCGCCUGCGCACAUCCCCAGACCAUAGUCGCCAGUCGCCUUGUGUGGUUGUAAUACCUCUUAAAAUAUUUUUAUAUUAGUAUCCUCUGCUUGACUUACCCUUAAGAUUAAAGAUAUACCUGAGACAACAGCAUGGCGAUAUUUGUACAUAAUGCCGACACACGCAGAAGCUUAAAGAAUAUUUAAUGAGAUAUUAUUGCAUAUUUCUAGUUUAGCAGUAAAUCGAUAGUACAUAAUCUCAAUAAUAUCAAAGAAUCCUAUACUUAUUUUAAAGCGUCCUGCCGCGAACCGACCACACUUCAUAUGUUAAUCAAUUUUAAUUUUAUCGAAGUUUGCUCGUUCGAAUAUAGAAUUAUAUUUAAAGUUGAAUAUACAUUUGAAUAAAUAAAUGUAUGUAAUCAAUAAUAAAAUAAAAUAUUUGAAAAAAAAAAGUAAUUAAGGCGAGCUGUUGUUGGUAUAUUUAGAAAAAUAUUAUGAUCCAGAUCAUCUGAUGAUGACAUUGUACAAAAAUAAGUGAAGUGUGUUCGGGCCGCGGGCUGGUUAGUGAUCGACCAUAAAUUUAUAAAAUCAUAUUGUUUAAUAGUCAAAUACAGAGCCAUCUAUGUAGAUGUAUUAUCGUCGUAGGUACAAGUUUACGAUAACGCAUCGAAUGUAUCAAAGUCAAUGACUCCCCCUCUCCUGUACAAAUUCAAAGUAUUUUGAAAUGCUAUAUUGAAACAAAAUCCAAUAAUACUUAUAUCAUAGUCCUCUAAUACAAUAAUAAGGCUGGUCGUUUCAUAUUUUAUAGAUAUUUCAAUAUUGAACUUUGAAAACAUUACCUCUUUAGAUACAAAAGAAAAAAAAUAGUAAAUUAUAGUAACGGAGUGGCUUCAGAAAUUGAAUUGUGUUUAGAGAAUAUUUACAGUUGUGAGCCGUGGAGUGCACACGGUGACAAAGUUGUGUGCUCGACGCUCUGCGAAAAUAUACAAUCCAGAGUAAAUGUUUAUCGUAGCCACUAAAGAAAAUAUUCCAGGGAUUCAACUACGGUCGGACAGUUGAGAAUUUUACAAUAUUUGUCCCGUUUUAUUUAAAGUAUAUCUUCUUUUUAAAGCUCCUCUACAAAUUGAGCUCUUCUAGAGUUUAUUAUUUUGAAGAUUUUAUCGAUACUUCAAAGGUUGUAUAGAUAUAUAAUUUAAUAGUCCCAGACCCACGUCCGUAGGUGCGUCUGUAUACAAUAGUUCGGUUCUUCCUAACUUUCGUACGCGAAUAUUACAUUAUCUGAGUAUGUGUUUGAUUAUUCAUAUUUUAGACACUUAGUUACUUGUUCAGUUUAAUAAUAAAUGUAAUUACACAAACGUUGCCAACUUACUUAGUUUAUUUGCACAUAUUUGUUAAAUUUUGUAAUUAUUGACAAUUUAUUUAGACACCGACAUUCGAAUUUCUUCAUGUUGAAUUUUAAUGUGGUGUAAUUUAGUGAAUUGCUUAAAGUACAAAGAAACGAUUUGUUACUUUUGCAAAUUUUAUAAAAUAAAUCAAAUACAUAUUAAAAAGUAACUCACUUAGGUAAACUGUAUAUGAAAUAGUUGCUGUAUUCCUAUAUAACCUAAAUUGUUUUUGUUUAACAGAAUUACUUAUGUACCUAAUAUUUAAACAGUUUUAUUGGUUUUAUUGAAAAGGUAUUUUAUUUUACGUUCGUUAAAGUUUAGGAGCAAAAUUGUUACUUAUUAUAAAUAUCUAUAACAUAUGUACCUAUCUAACAUUAUUUCGAUCUUGAUUACUUUAUGACGCGUAUUUUAUCGAAUGCUAUAUUAGAAAUCGUACGUUGUACCUCUAGCACUCCGUAAGUAGGACUACGACAUCGGCAUAAUAUUCGUUUGAUAUAUAAGUAUUGUGUCCUUGUGUACGAGUAUAGGUUAAUCCAAUCUUAUUUCCAUUGUAGUUCUUAUUUAGAGUCGUAGGGUUUUCUUUAAUACUUAAUAAUUGGUAUGAAUGGGGAAGUAUGUAUGGUCACACUUAACAUUACUUUAGUCAUCGUCUCGUUCUCUUCAUUAACGAUUAAUUAGUUAUCGGUAGCGAUGCGCUCGCGCCCAGCGAGUGUCGUUAUUGCGAAUGGUGUACAUUCUGGUCAUAGGAGGUGCGGUCGCGCCACGCCUAAGUAUGUGAAAUUAACUUAAAAUCUUACCGUGAUAUGUAACGUAGAUUUACGCAUUCGAUGUAAUGUCUGCCUUUGUCUCUGCCGGCUUCCAACAUUUAAUGUUUAACGGUAGACCGACGUCGCGUGUCCGUUGCAUAAUGUUCUGUUGUACUCGCCAUAUAAGAUUCAAAUUACAUUGCAAAUUAGUUGAUGGCAUGUUUAUGCCUUCGUAAUACUUGUAAUAAACGUUGUCCCUUCACCGAAGCAUUUCUCGUUCCAUAAACAUUUUUUAUGUCCUGUACAACGAUAAGUCUGAUAAUGUUGAUAGCAAUAAUUUGCAACAGUACUUUAUGAAUAGACCCGUGUAGUAUCACAUUGAUAUUUUUAUAGUAUGUCGCUUUACGGAGGUAGAGCCAAGUCUGAGGCAGGUUAGUUAUCAAAGUGACAUUCAGCAUCCAAAUGAUACCCGGCGUCCAUAAGCUCAAAAUUCCAAAAACGCAUUGGCUGAUUCUAGUAUACGGCUGUUAUUGGUUAGUGAAAAGAUGCAAAUCAAAAACAUGUUAAUUAUAUUUUGAUACUCGAUGUUUUCUACACUAAUGUAGUAAGUUCGUAUUAAUCUUUUGUAUUAACUUGUAUAGGUAGGAUAACGUCGCGUCGCGCUCGUACGCAUUUCGUAGUUCGGACGGAGCCGUGCGCCGUGCGCCGUGCGCGUAUCGCCGCAGUUCAUCGCACGGUUUAUUUGUAGACCGAUCGCUCCAUCUGAUCAGGCUAAUUGCUCUCGAAGUAACAAACGCGAUACGAUUGUGAAAGGUGAUAUUGCAUUACAGUCAGUAGCUGCACUCGCGGACAGUGUAAGUCAAUACAAGUUAGUGGUACAGGUCCUGUGGACUCCGACGUAAAGGCCGAUACAUUUUGUACGCACAUUUAUAAAAUUGGUGAUAAUCUGACGAAUUGGUUAAAGAUAAUAACUAAGUUAUCGCGUAGCGGGGUGCAUCAGGGUAUGAGUGUCAUAAUUUGUAAUAACUUAAAAAAUAAAACCUUUUGUACUUUCGUAACGGUAACAAGUAAUUUAGUCGUAAACUUUUUCUAUUAAUAUGUAUUAUGCAUAAAUUAAACAUCAAGUAAUAAUAUACUUUUUUUACUGGAAUUGUAGAUGUAGUAUUUUUGUAAGACAAUCGAGACUCGAUCUCGUACGUGUAUCACAGCGAUAAUAGAUAUUGUGUAAGACCGAUCGUGCGUCCAAUGUUAGGAAACAAUCUUGACGGAACAUCUCUAGCAUACCACGUAAGGAUUCUGCGAUUACCACGUCCAAGGUUGUUUCAUGAUUUUCGACGCACGUCACUUAUGGUCAUUUGUGUAAUUAGGCUAGUAUGUCUUAUAACUAUUUGUGCAUUUUCUAUUUAAUUGGAUGCUUUGUAAAAGUCGAAACUAAUUGGAGAUACGUUUUCGUUUAUCGGAAUGCAAAAAAGACGGCAUGAAAUCGAUGCAUUUUAAUGUAACCGCAGACUGUACGCUUCGUUGCUGUUGGUUACGGCGAAAUGUGUAUCAGAGUAAUUACUGAGGCAAAUGAUUGAUCGCUUGUCUAACAUUAAAAACACAGCUACUAUGCGGCCAAACUAAUUGGCUAAUAUAAUAAAAAUGUCUUUUAAAAGCAUCUCAACAUUAAUAAAGCAUUUUUUCAUUACUACUUAUGUGUAUCGAUAAUGUAUGUUCGAAUGAGUGAAUAACUUCGUAUAUUUUAUAAUACUUCCUUUGUCCUCUGUAGGUACAAUGGUUAUCUUCGUAAUUUUACUAAUAUUGAGUGUGGUCAUGUGCUAUGUGUAAGUGUUCUUUUCUAUAAUGAUCUCUUGUUUACUUACAAUUAACUGAAAUAAGGUUGAGAGUCGUGGAACGAUGCUGAGAUGCUCAGAUGGAAACGCCAAUUAAUUGAUUAAUUUUAAGUAAAGUAUAAGUGCUUGAAUUAUUGUAAGGAUCGUUUUAAAAUUAUGCUAUAAAAUACGUCUAUACCAUUGAAAAUUGAUAUUAUUUAAAAUCUUCGAUACGUCUGAACGUAUAUUUUUGUAUAUUCGGAGUCGAUGCGUAAGGAAUUGGCACAAGUAAAAUUGUAAGAAGUAAGGUUAAUCUGAUUAAAGUUAAGAUGAAAAAGUUCCAUUUUGUAACGAUUUAAAAUAUUGAUGAAAGCUAUUAAUUUUUGUAACGAUAGUGAGCGUUGUAUUGUCUUUAUUGUAAAGUUUGGGAAGCGAGAGGUUAGAUGAUAAGAAUUGUUUCAGAAAAUUGUAAUAAAACUGAAGAGGCGAAAAAAAAACAUGUUAUAUUUUAUACGGAUUCUGAUAUUGUAUGCCGCUCGGGCGGAUUUUGUGUUACUUUACGAAAUAGGUAUAAGUUUGCUCUUUAAAAGAGUUUUUGAGGUAGUAGGUUUAGUAGGCUUAGUGUUUUUUAUACUGGCUUGAUGUUGUGACAUUUAUUAUUAAUAUGAUAUCGAUAAACCGCAGUACUACCGAACUAGCAGCCAACACUGAUCAAUAGCAGAAUGUGUAGUGGGUACUGACUUGGGAUGCAUUAUGUUUUCGUUUACGUGGGCGACGAGCGGGCAGCAUCCCUGCACUUGUGAUCUUUACCAAAGUGUUGCUGUUCGCAAGCAUAUCAUUUUAAUACGACGCUAGAUACAUUUUUCGGUACAAAAUCUUAGCAAAGUUUUAAUUCUAUUCGAUUUAUGAUAUAUUGUUAGACAAUUCUGUGUUGCCGGGGUUGUGGAGGAACGGUUGCGGAUCGCGCGAUCUCCUCGCAAGCCGGUUCUAGUCGGUUCCGUCGGCUGCUCCAUCUGUCUGUGCCCGCGGUCCGAACUACCUCGCAACGUUCCCCUGCAGCCUGGCGAUCAUCCUGAAUUAUUUCAGUUUAUUAGCAGAAUUAUAUUAUUGUCUAGUAUUCCGAUUAUGUUACGUUUUAUAUUGCUUAUAUUAUAUAUUAUGGAUACAAUGUUUAUUAAGUAUUUAAUAUUCAUUUGAUGAGGACCUAGUCGAUUCUCUAUAUAUCACAUCUCCCAAAGUACAAAUUCCUUGUUGUUUAGUCCAAUUUUGUUUGACUGUUAUUGAAUGGAAAUUAUUUUAGCGAGCGUUCGUUGGCAGAGCGUCGCCGAGCGUGUCGGGUGUCGGCAGCUCGGCACGCGGGCGCGGGGCGCGGUCUCCUCUCAAUGUGAACCCAGCCUGUCGGUCGUAGGAACCAAUGUAUGGGCAAUCUUACGGCUCCUCAUUAUAUCGUAGCCGCCGGAGCAAAUGUUGUAGUAAACAUAAACAAAACUAGUUGAAAUAAAUCCAUAUUACACUAAAUCGUUUAUUUACCGUGCCGCAUUUGGUACGUUAUUACAAUAUUAUGUUUAGCAGCUUUUAACUUAAGUUAGAUUAAUUUUAAUAAUUUACCUAUUUUAGUUAAUGCACAAUGAAUAACCCAAUAAGUUUACUUUCAUUUCCUACUAAUUGUAUUGUACACAAUUGCAAUGAAUUAGAAGCCAUGUAUGUAAAAGCUCUUACGAUUGUCACCAUCUUCUUUUAGUAAGUUUACCAUUUGUUUUUAGUUGAUACGUAAUCGCCUACUACACAUUAUAGAUUGGAAAGCUGGUUUAGCUAUGAAAUAUUCAAAUGACACUAUACCUACGAUAAAUACAAUGAAACCUUUAUAAAAAUAAAAUCUAUAAAAAAUA